AUGCCCGCCGUCCAAUCGCGCCCUCUUACCGCUAGACCCCAUAUCGAAGGUGGCUAUAUCAGCCUCUCUAGCGAUGAUUCCAGCGAGGAUGACUGGAUGACGGCGUACGAGAGCACGAAUUACGACGGGUCCGACCACGACGAAUGGCUCGCUGCGAUCAUGUGCACACUGACCGUCGAAAGGGAGCCCGGUGUCUAUGCUGUAGUCGAGGCUGGUGAUUCGUCUCCUACGCCCGCUCCUCAGGAUUCACCACCAGCUCGUUUGCCCCUGACCACCCAACCAACGCCCGUCGCUUCAACAUCCUCCCCUUCUCCCUCCACGCCACGUCUCAACCGUGCUGGAAAAGUGUACAUUGUCGAUGUACCGACAAUCAUGGGAUCGCAGGUCGUGAACCAUUGGGCAAAGGCGGCGGAUCUCACCCAAGGUGUCGAGGGUGCUCACGUUCGCAGUGUUGUCGCCCGUCGUACGCCAAGCGAUAUUUUCCAACGUGGACGGGGCCUCGCCACCCCUGUUUCCCCUUCAUCGGGUAAGGCCUCGAAGGAAAAGGCCUAUAGCGCCAUCGUUGCCCAUAUGCCUGGUGUGUUCUCCACUUGGGGCGAUCUCGUUCGUGCCGUGUUUGGCACACCAGGCCAAGUCUACAAGAAGCACAAGUCGCUCCUGGACGCCCAUAUCCAUUAUGCGGAUAUGCAACGCAAGGGCCUUGUGCGGGCAGUACCGUACCAUGGCCGUCAUCCCCUUCCGCCACCACUCCCCACCCCUCCCGGCCUUCCUCCGCCGCCGCAAACAUCCAAGACGACAUACACUGUUACCCAGGGAAGGCGUGUUGGUGUCUACCGCGAAUGGGCCGAGGCAGCCGCACAGGUCCUGUUCGUCCGGUGUGCGGUCGUCACCGCAUACUCUACCCCAGAAGAUGCGGAGGCCGCUUUUGCACUUGCGUUGAAGGAGGGCCACGUUCGUGUGCGUACUGAGAUCGUGCUUGCUCGCGGAUUCUGUCUGCCGAGGCUCUCUACCUUCCUGACUAUGGCUGACGGUGACACCAACACCAACAACACCAAAGGCACCAACUCUACUACUGAAAACGAUCGAAAGGAAGAGGAAGAUGAGGACUCCCGCUACGCUGAGGCCUUGAAUCGUCUUUCCGAGAGGGUCGACUUCUUUUCCAUUGACGGUCCACUGGACAGGGUGCCCACCUAUCGGAAUCACGAGUAUGAAUGUUUCAUGCAACGCGCAAGCAGGCCGGACGCCCUUCCUCAGCAUAAAGUUGGACGCUACUGGCGUUUCGACUCGAUCUUUGAACGCAAGUGCGAACGCGGAUUAAAUGAGGAGGACCUAGCCUUGAUCCCGGAGUACUUGAAGGAGCAGGCUGCCAAAGUGAGGGCCCGCGGGUAUGAAAAUUAUUUUGCUCUUCCUUCUGGGUCUCCGCCAUACUCCGAUGACUUCGUCCUGCUCUCGAGGUUGGAGCUGCCAAGUGAGCGUGAUUCCAACCUACGAACAGCGAAGGACAUUGUGGACGAUGCCAUCGACUGCUUUGAGGACGAUGAGAGCCUGGGAAUCCUUGUCCAGGGACUUCAUCGCCAUAUUCGAACCCGCGUCGAUGUCGUUGAGAUGCUCAGAGCCGAGUACAUCCGCAAGAAAAAAGACGAUCCCGACCGCAGCAUCAACCUGGCCUCAUCCGUUCACAACAUCGCCGCCUUCGCACAAGUACUCGCUCUCCUCUGUGAUGGUAUCCCGUACUUGCUCGCCGCUUAUGAAGAUGAGGCAUUAAUAUUUCAAGGGCGUCACGUCGACGUCACGGCGUUCAGGAACCGGUUCCAGUGGGAUCACAACUCAUGGGCGCCUCCCCCCACCUUCUGA